AUGGCUAGUACCGAGGAAGUCCUAACGUUUGAGGGUGAAUUAGAGUCGACAGUCGACGACAUCCUCAAUACCUGCGAAAAGUUCCGCAUUCUCGUAGUGGGAAGGAGCGGAGUCGGAAAGUCACAUUUGGUCAACGCCGUCUUCGGAGCCCAAUAUACAGUUGUACAGCACGGACGCACAGCCGGGAGCUCAGAUAUCCGCUGUGAAAUCCAAUCUGAGCAGAAUCCUCGCUUGAUUCUACAUGACUCUCAAGGAUUCUCUCAUGGAGAUGCUGCUAACUUCGAGACUGUAAAGAAGUUCAUUCAUGAACGUAGCAGCAUGCCUGAAACCAAGGACAGACUCCAUGCAAUAUGGCUCUGUACCACGACUCCGGCAUAUGGAGAGCCUUUGCUAGAGAUUGGAGACGAGGAGAUACUCCGCCUGCAGAAGGAUAUCGGCGUGCCGAUUAUCGUCGUGCUCACGAAGUUUGAUCAGCUAGUGACGAGCCUUAUGCCUCCUGCGCAAGAAGAAGAUCUUUACGGGGACGUAGAGGAGGGCUGGGAUAUGAAUGAUGGCGAAUCUGAUCUAAGUAGUGAUCCCGCGACUCCAGUGGCUCAGGUAGCACCUAUCGACAAAUCCAUUCUCUCUCUCGGUCAUGCAAAACUUCAAGAGUUUGUGACAUCUGAGGAGAAACUUAACGGUUUCCCCUGGGUGGCGAUAUCAGUUCAUCCAAAUUACGCAGACACGCUGGAUGAGCUUAUCGAGACAACACGUGGAUGCAUCGAUCAAUCAGUACGCGUCCUCUGGGCUAUAACUCAACAAAAGAGUACUGGUAUGAAGAUCAGAGCUUCGAUCGACGUUGGAAAACAACGUUACUGGCGCGGGCUAUCCACAGCGGUGAAGUUGCCGGGGAGGUCACUCGAUAAAUGGCUUGCAGUUGUCCACAAAGAGAUCGUUCAGCUCUGGGGGUUGUACGACCCGGACAAGGCGCGUGACAGCUUACCUUUAAUUCUCGCUCCCGCGUCUAAGAUCACUACAGCCACCAUCUCUGCACUUCAGGCCGAUCUAGUCGAAAAACGUAGUGGGAUCCUGCAACAUGUGUCUGCCGGCACCAUUACUACUGUCGCAGGCAUCGUAUCUGGAAUCGUUCCUCCAGCGGCCCCGUUCGCGAUGCCCAUCGCCGUCGGUCUGGUCUUUGCGACAUGGGUAUACGAAGCCGUCGCGGUCACAAUCGACAUUGAUGGAAUUGCCUCUAGUCCCGCUAUUCUGCGAGGCAUGAUGGGCUACAUCGUCGACCUCACUAUCGUCAUGCAAAGUCUAUUUCUCCUUAUGCAGGCUCGUCGGGAAGCCUCGAAAUCGACUUUGGUCACUAAAGAGCUCUUCGAGCUCGCCUUGCGCUCCUAUACGCACAAUGUGGCGCAUUCUCCGAGCAGUGCGCACGAUGCAAUACGGUCGUUCGCGACACGUUCGAAGGCUUUCAAAAGCCAGGAGGUUAUCAAGGAGGUUGAGAGGCUGAUUGAAGUUUAUCGGUUCCAACCGUCAGAGCGUUUCGUUACAGAGGCAAAGGGCUCCGUCGGGUCCGAAACGAGCAUGACUAACUGA